UGUGCUUUGGAGCAUCAUGAACUUCUGUUGCCCUCUCGUGGAUUGCUUUCAUCUUCAUCGCCCCCGUCUUUGAGUUCGCCGCCGGCGUCGCUCCGGGAACAGAUGCUAUCAAAUUAUCAGUAUAAGCCGCCAUGAAAUACGGAUUAUACAUUAUUUCGAGAAAAGAAAAACGCUUGGAAUUUAUGUAAAAUCGUUGUUUUUGAAGAAGUCGAUGACGAGGAGAAGAGUUCGAGCAACUGAUGAUCGUCAAUGAACCAAUAGUUUUCACAGGACUGUGUGUUUGCUGCAAGCUCAAGGUUAAGGUUGUUUAAAUGGAGAUACCCAGAAAAGAACAUGAUUCUGAACCUUCAUUUUCCAAUGUGUACAAACUACCAGGAGAGCCUGCUAUAGUAAUUAACGGGUUGCCUGAUAUAGUUGCUUGUGACACUGCCCUUCCUCUUUGUGAUUCUCUGAAUAAUGAAAAACUAGUCGGAAGUACAGGUUUUGGUGAGUGGUUAGAAGGUAGAGUUGUAAACAAAAUGUUUGGCGAUCGGUAUUACUACGGCGUCAUAAUCGAGUUCGACAAAGAUACGGGAUGGUACAGAGUGGAGUAUGAAGACGGAGACUUCGAAGAUCUCGAUUGGCAUGGACUCGAACAGGUGCUUUUGCCCAUGGACAUUACAGUUCCAUUGAAAGCAUUAGCAUUGAAAACUCUGAAGAGAAACAGGAAGGCCCAGAAGAACAGGAAGAACAAGACUGGAAACAGACGGGGCGAUCCCAAAGAAAUGGAAGGCAGGAGGAAGAAGAGCGUGGAAAGUAUAGUUGUGUCACCUACAGAGCCUGCAGGCUGAGUUGUUUUGCUUCUUUUUAGCCCAUUAGCGAGUGGCUAAGCACAAUUUGGCCCUGUUUUGCUUAGUAAAUGGGUGGAACCAAGUGUUCUUGGCACUCUUUCUUGCUCAGCAGGUAGUGUUAGUGUUCUUUAUGGCUAAUCUUUAUUCAUCCAAUUUAUUAUCAACUUGAAGAGA